AUGUGCAAAUACUACGCCCACGCCUUCAGCUGCAAGCACUCCUCCCUAACCUUUGCUCGCUUCUGCAACCCGGCCUCCUUCACGCAGACGCCCUGCGGCCAGCAGACCAUCUGGCACACGAUCGGCCUCGAGGAGGCGUGCGAAGAGUGCCAGGUCUGGUUCCCAGACAAGUACUGCAGCGGGGGUCCCGUCGCGGCGGCGCCUCCCCCCGUCAUCGCGCCCGUCGUCGCGCAGCAUCACCAUCACAGCAGCAGGCGCGUGGUGGGAGGUGUCAAGCCCAAUAGGAGGAGGUCGAGGUCCUGA